AUGUCUAACACUACAUCCACAGCUCAUACCAUCCGCCCCCGUACGCGGCAAGCAGAAACAAAGGACGAAAAAUCUGAAGUCCUCCCCUACUUCCUAGGUGUGGAAUGCGACUCCACCACCUGCGCGUUCUGCAUCGUGCGGCGCAGGCUCGAGAAAUUGUCGAUGGCGAUGGCAAUGGCUGAUACCAGUACCCCUGACCCCGUAUAUUCGCAAGGUGACGCGGAUGCGGACUGGGUGCACUUCUCACCCCACGAGGCGGACGAGAUGGGAAUGCAGGGGGACGGGUCAGGCUGGAUUUCCAACUUGAGCUUGAGCUUGGAUGGUGGUGGAAGCCGGAACCGGGGCCGAGACGGAUCGGCUCUUUUGGUCCUGCCUGAGCGCAUCCUCCUGACCUCGCCAGAUGACGAUGGGGAAUUCGCCCCGGGCUUGCAGUUCGUACUCUGGUCUAUAACAGAGGACCAGGAUGAGGAUGAAUUUGAAAUUGAGGUUGGGAUUGGGAAUGAGAAUGAGGAUAAAUACGAAGAUGGAUAUCGCGAUGAAGAAGAAGAGGUGUCCAUCAAUAUGAAAAUGGACAUGGACAUGGAGAUGGAGAUGGAAAUGGAAGACAUGGAAAUGGAACCCUGCACGCGGAUGCCCAACUGGAGGUCUGCGGCAUGGGCACCGCCGCCUGCCAUUAUCGAGGAGGGCGAAGAGGACGAGGAUUGCGAGGUUCAGACCGAGCCUUCUGCUUCGGGGUGGAUUCAUGCGGGACUGCUCCCGUCCAGCGAUGCUGCGGCUUUGCGCGCGUAUUAUUCCGAGCUGGAUAAGGGGGUGAGGAGGAGGUCGUGA